UGACAGCUGUUAAAAGUGACAUCCAACUAGAAGAGGGAGACAUUUUUUUGUUUCAACAAAAUUUUUUUUAUGUAAUAGUGUGUUUGAAAAUCUUAAAUUUUGUUUAACAAAAAUGUCCGUAAUAAGACAAAUUUUGCAAGCCAGCAAGCAAACACAACAAUGGUCUCCCAUUUUGUGUCGCGGCAUGUCUUCAUUGCGUGAUGCUCCCGUCAUCGAUGUAAACACCGCCUUGGCUGCUCCCGAGGAAUUGGAACAGAAAAAUAAAUUGCAAGGCACCAUCACCGUGCCCGUUAAGGUUGACAUUAGCCCCAUUACCGGUGUGCCCGAGGAACAUGUUAAGGGUCGUCGUGUACGCAUUUUUAUGCCACCCAAAAAUGCCAUGCAAAGUGGCACUAACAAUUUGAGCACCUGGCAAAUUGAUUUCGAUAAUCGUGAACGUUGGGAAAAUCCCCUUAUGGGUUGGUGUUCUACCGGUGAUCCUUUGUCCAACAUGCAAGUAAAUUUCUCUUCCCAAGAGGAGGCUAUAACUUUCUGUGAAAGAAAUGGCUGGCGUUGGUUUGUUGAGGCUGAAGAAAAACCCAAAAAGGAACGUGUUAAGAAUUAUGGCAUUAAUUUCUCCUGGAACAAACGUACUCGUGUUUCUACUAAGUAAAAGCGAGUAAAUGAAAUUCUCUAAAAUUAGAUAUUGUUUAACAAACGAGAAUAAAUUGGUAAAAUGUUGAAGUGAUUUAAAAUAAAUAAGAUGUGUAGUUUCCAACAAUGAAAA